AGUGCAAAGUAUUCCGUAAGAUUGAGAUCCAGCCAUGGCCGCCAGUGCACCCAACUGGCUUCACGUGGACACUGAGGACGAGACUUCACGCCCGCAGAUCACAACGCUCUCCAGCUGCAUGACCUUGAGUGACGUCCAAUGCGAUGGGUAUGUUCGGCUCCUGGCAGCGGACAUUUCGCUGGACGACGCCGCAGAGGAACCCAGUGCCACGCUGAAAGUGUUCCGGGGACUGAAGCUCAAGCAGGAGCAGCCACUGCCGGGGAUUCCCACGGCCAUUGAGAGCCUCUACAUUGACGAGUCGGAACCAAAGACGCCGGUAAUUGCUGUUGCCAUUGCCGAGUCCGUGCUCUUUUACCGCCACCUGAAACCGUACUUUAAGUACACGAUUCCCGCCCAGGACUCCGAGGACCUCGAGCUGGAGGUGUGGCGCAAGCUGCCGGUGAUGAAGCAGGACACCCAUCCCGCUCUGCUCGAAUCCCUACGGAACAUUGACCACGCCAAGCUCUCGCGAAAGUCGCAGCGGCUGCUCCAGUUGGGCGAGGAGGAGCGGGAGGCCUUCAUUACGAUGCACAAGGACUCACCAGUGGGUCGCGGAGGCAGCAUCGUGGCCAUGUGCCUCCUGAAGCGCAUCUCCAGCGACGCGAAUCCACCGUCCCACUUGGUUCUGGCCACUGAUAGUGGCAGUGUCCUUAUUCUGGAGCCCCAGGGCUUCAAUUUGGUGUUCGAAGGCCAAACCUGCGGCGAUGAGACCGCAGUGCCGAGCCUGAUUUCCGUUCAGGGAACCUAUGAAACGGAUUUCUGCAUUGUGGUGGCCACGCGGAAUGGCGGUGUCUAUCUGCUGCGCAAGACCCAAUCCGAGGGCCAGGAAAUCUUCAAGCUGGGAACACCGCUAACCGGACUGUUGCUCCUACCCAUUGACCAGACCAUCAUUGCCUCCACGAUGGACAAUCGUUAUCUGUGCUACUCGAAGCGUGGCAAGCUGCUGUACCAGGUGCCGCUGCAGGAUCUGCCCGUCUGCAUACUGCCCCUGCCUAUGACCCAUCUGGGACUCACUCUGGUGGCCAUUGCCCUAAAAGGGGGCCUGGUGAUUUACUUACAACGCUACCAGGUUGAUGAGUUCGCUCUAAGCGAGACAGUGGAUGCCAUGCUGUACGGCAGGAUGGGCAUGGAGGAUCACGUUCUCACCCUCAUCACUCAGUCAGGCGAUAUUGUGGUCAAGAUAUUGCGGAGGGUCUCUCGGUUUGAGCCCAAGCCCGGUGAGCUGGGCAACAAGCGUUUAGGCAGUGAUCACGGAUCAAAUGUGGAUGCCUCUAUUCUGGACAAGCCCAAGAAGAGCUCCAUUUUUGUAGAGCAGGCGGCGCGAGAGAAGCAGCAGGCCAAAGCCACUUAUGGCAGCUUUCAGGUGGAACUGUGGCGCCUGCGUCACACGGCUGCUCGGGCCACCAUCGAUGCCAUCAACUCCUCGGAGAGUACGAUAUCCGGCGACCUGACCCAUGCCCCCGUCAAGCUAUCCGCCGAGGUCUGUGGCAGCGGACCCGCCUUUCGGCUCUACCUCACCGUUCAGAACCUGUCCACCUUCAAGAUGGCUUCAAAUCUCGUGGUGCUACUCCAUGCGGAUAGACGCCACUACACUGUGCCUCAGACGCUAGCCCGGUUGCCCAGUGUCCUGCCGGGAGUCCCCCUGCGAGUGGACUUUGAAGUGGUGGCGGUGCUGGAUCCACUGGAUAAGCUGCCACCGGCCACUCUCAACCCGGAUAACUCCCAAAUCCGUGUGAUGCUGAUGAAGGCUGGCCAAGCCAAGCCGCUCAUCGCAGCCGCGGUUUCAAUGCCUCAAUCCGAGGCAGCCUUUUAAGAGCGGGUUAAGUAAGCGGAGUCUAUAGUUUCUCAGGGUAAGAUUUCGAGUUUAUUUAACAGAUG